AUGUCUUCCAUGGAGCUGCUCCACACCGUCAUCCCGGAGAAGCAGAGCGAGGAGGAGGCGGUCGCGCUGAUGGCGCCCGCGGCGGCAGCGGCGACGACCACGACCACGAGCAGCAGCGCCACCGCCAUGAGCGGCGACGAGGUUGCCCACGUGCCCCAGGGGUGGGCCAAGAAGAAGCGCUCACGGCGCCAGCGCUCGGAGGAGGAGAACCUCGCGCUCUGCCUCCUCAUGCUCUCCCGCGGUGGCAACCACCGCGUCCAGGCGGCGCCGCCGCUGGUCCCGUCCGCGGCGCCGGCCGCCGCGGAGUUCAAGUGCUCCGUCUGCGGCAAGUCCUUCAGCUCCUACCAGGCGCUGGGCGGCCACAAGACCAGCCACCGGGUCAAGCUGCCGACACCUCCUCCUCCUGCUGCUCUCCCGGCAGCAGUGCCCCUCGUGGAGGUGGAGGCCCCCGCACCGCUCACCGUCAUCCCGCCGCCGCCAGUCGAGGUCGUCGUCCGUGAGCCGGCCACGUCAUCCACCGCCGCGUCCUCCGACGGGGCGGCGGCGUCGAGCAGAGUCCACAGGUGCUCCAUCUGCCACAAGGAGUUCCCCACCGGCCAGGCGCUCGGCGGGCACAAGAGGAAGCACUACGACGGAGGCGUCGGCGGCAGCAGCGCCGCGUCCACAGACGUCCUGCCCACUGCCGCGGCGGCCGCCGCUGAGACGUCCGAGGUGGGGAGCUCCGGGAACGGGAGCUCCGCCGCCCGCGCGUUCGACCUCAACCUCCCGGCCGUGCCGGAGUUCGUGUUCCGGUGCGGCAAGGGCGGCAAGAUGUGGGAGGAGGACGAGGAGGUGCAGAGCCCGCUCGCCUUCAAGAAGCCCCGCCUCCUCAUGACCGCGUGA